CGGGAAGGGAGAUGCACAAUAGAAGAAGGAAGUAGAGACGGACACCGCUAAAGGCUUGCUAUCCCCCUCUCUCUCUUUCUUUUCAGAAUUGGUUUGCAAUGGUCCCUUUUUUCUUCAAUAAGCCUUCGUAUCGGGUUCAACCCCAUGUCUCAUUCAUAACCCCAGAAAAAACAGCAAAGACUGUCCCAGCAAUUUCUCGCUGGACUUUUGCUGCUGGUGCUGCAGUGUUUUUAUUUGCCAUGCAAGUUCCUAAGGUGAAAACAACCAUUUUGCAGCCUAUUGCUUUCCUUGGUGAUCACUUCAAGGACAAGACUCCUGAAGAAGACAAGUGGUUGUAAGCUCCAUAUCGAAAUAUCGCGACUUACUACUUGAAGGUGCAAUGAAAUCUUUUUCGCGUUUUUUUUUUAAAAAAAAAACGAAAGAUGGGGG